AACAAACACGGCCUUAAUUACAGAACUUUCAGGGCUGUAUCUGAAAAAACACCACCCCAAGGAUCGGAAAAACUCACCCCCAAGGUGCUCGUGAGACGCACACGAUUCGUGCGGCCCCAAACUCGCGCGAGAAACUCACCUACGAAACUCCCACGCGCACCCCGCUCUUCUCCCCCGCAUAGUUGACACUCCCUGAUAUCCUGGCCCACCGUCUGCACCUUCCCCUACCCCACACGUCAUUGGCCACUUACCAACAACCACCCAAGCCACUCGCGUUCUCGUAGCGUUUCCCGCAGCCACACUCGCGUCAGCCCUCGGAUGCCCGUCACGUGGCGCACUCAGGCAUCCCCGCCCUCCACGCCCCGCUGCCCGCGGUCACGGGAAGCGCGAGUCACUGCCGUCCGAUCACGUGUUGUCCGCGCACCAACGGCCCAGAUCCUGCCCGUGGCGUCCCCGGGCACCCCCGCGCUGCUAUUAAAGGCACCCCAUUCCCCUCCGCUCCUCCUCGUCCCCAACCCACAUCGCAACAGGGCCUACACCCGCAAACCCGAUAAGCCCGCAAGGCCCAGGCCCGCUAAGCGAUGCCCUCCGCGCGCCGGAGAUCGUGAGGUCGCGGCCCCGCCGCCGCCGGCGAUGACCUCCGCCGUGCUCGCCGGCCAGAAUGAGGUCCACCACACGCACCCGCACCACCGCCACUGGGGUGGCGCCCGCGUCCCCCUCAUGCCCAAACCAUCCAACACCAACCCUAGGCGCCACCGGCCGGGCCCAAACCCUAACCCCGGCCCCCCGCCGCCGCAGCGGCCUGUACCGGCGGCGGUGGCGGAGCCCUCGCCGUCGUCGGGGUACGUGAAGAUCAGGUCGUCAGAAUUGACCCUCUUCGAGGCCCAGCAGCUCCGUGCGCGGCUCACCGGCGAGCUGGGCCGCGUACGCGCCCUCCUCUCCCGCAUUGACGUCUGGCAGGACCAGCGGCGGCUGCGGCCUGAACCCGAGCCGGAGCACGCGUCUCCGCCUCCGGCGCUGCGGGCGGCGAUGAUGAAGAGGUGCGCGCAGAUCCUGACGCGGCUCCGCAAGCAGAAGAUCAGCAUCUGGUUCAACUCGCCGGUGGACGUCGAGGGUCUGAAGCUGCACGACUACCGCGCCAUCAUCCGGAACCCCAUGGAUCUCGGCACCGUCAAGGAGAACCUUGCCGCCGAAAGGUACCCCUCGCACGAGGCAUUCGCCGCCGACGUCCGGCUCACCUUCAACAACGCGCUGCGAUACAACCCAGCCGACCACCAGGUGCACAAGUUCGCCGACAACCUCGUUGGUACGUUCGAGAGGCUGUACAAGGAGGCCAUUUCCUGGUUUGAGCUGGAGCGCCAGCGCCUCGAGCCACCAAUGCCGUUGGCUUUGCCGCCGCAGCCGCCUGUGCCUGUGCCGGUACAGGCGCUGCCAAGGAUGGGGGUUGGGAAGAGGCCGAAGCCCAAGGCGAGGGAGCCAAACAAGAGGGAGAUGGAUGAGGAGGAGAAGCAGAAGUUAAGGGUGGAGAUUGAGAACUUGCCAGAGGAGAAGAUGAUGAAUGUGCUGCAGAUUGUGCAAAAGAGAAAUAGUGAUCCAGCGCUGAUGGGGGAGGCUGUUGAGCUUGAUUUUGAUGAGCUGGAUGUCGAGACUCUGUGGGAGCUUGAUAGAUUUGUGGUCAAUUGGAGGAAGGCGCUCAAAAAGAGCAAGCGGAAUGUUUUGAUGAAUGGCGACGCGGCUGUGAUGAAUGGAGACUCCAUUGAUGUGACAAUUGUUCCAGAUGAGGAUGACCUUGUUCAGGUGCAUGUCAAUCCGCCUGUGGUGGUUGAAAUUGGAGACUCGGAGACUGAUAUGCCGCAGAAGAGGGCAUCAGAGGCUCAGAUGGGUGAAGAGUAUGUGGAUAUUGGUGAUGAGAUGCCGACGGUGAAUUACCAGUCGGUAGAGAUUGAGAGGGAUGCCCAGGUGGCUAGCAGCUCAAGCGGGUCUGGGAGUGGCUCUUCUUCAUCCAGUGAUUCUGACUCGAGGAGCUCUGCGGACUCCGAUUCCGAUGCGGAUGAUGCUCGCUCCCCGAAUUAGGUGGAUCAUCUUUCUUUGACUGUAGGACUAGUGAUUUGAGUAGGUGACUGAAGCUCUUUUUUUGUUGAGGUGACUUUGAGGAAUGAUACAGCAAAUUGGAGGGGGUUCUUGUCCAUGCAAGUCAUUGUGAAAGUGUGUUUUUGUGUGUAUGUGGAUGCAGCUUAGGUUCUUGGUACUUUGUAGUGGAUAGCUAGAUCUUUGGGUAGAUUGGGAGGCACCAACUACUACUACUGUAAAGAAGGAAAUACAAUCCAGGAGAAAGAUAAAGGUGGCAAUGCCGUGUGUUUCAUCA